ACGUCGACAACUGACUGUCUGGAGUCUGUUGGACUGUCGGCUAAGUUGUAGUUUGUUUUUUUGUUUAGAUUUUUUAUAAAAUUUAUUUCAUAUUAAAUGUUUUCAUUUCAAUGUUGAUGAUUGUGCUCUUGACUUCACAAUGUCGUCCACGUUUUCUGGAUUCAGCGAAGAAGAUUUACAAAAAAUCAAAGCUGGGAAAAAUGAACCAGAUAACGCUGCACAGAUAAACACAACUGUAUACAAAAAAAUUGAUAAAAUUGGGGCAAAACCAAAGAAAAACACAACUCUAUGUAAAUUACCACUGAAGACACAAAAUUCUGAUGAUGCCAUAGACCACAUAGACUUUGACAAGUGCAAGCUUAGUAUUAAGACUCCAACAUCACAAUGUGAGAUGAAUGAUAGCAAUGAGACAAAUAAUAAUGAAGAUGUUAUGACUGAUAUAAAUUUAAAUGAAGAAGUUACGGAAAUGAAGAAUGGUACUGAUGGUCCAGAUUUAGUGAGAGGAGUGGAGAAUUAUACGGAAGAUGAGUUGGGAGCACACAAGGUGAAGUUAGAAGAGUUGCAGUUGAAACAGAAGUUGAUGGAGGAACAGAAUAAGAAGAGAAAAGAGAUGCUGGCAAAAGCGCUUGCUGAUAGGACAAAACAAACCGAGGAAGAGGUUAUAAGGCUGGAGAAAAUAAAGAAAGAGCUGCAAGUGUUGGACGGACAGUUCUCUCAAGAUGUGGCCGUGCUCAGGAAAAAGAUCGACCACGCAUGUCUUUGUUAUGCUGAAGCGGAGAAACAUUACUUGAAGGUGGAAAAAGAGUUCCUGCAAGCGAAGAUUCAAUUGCAAAAGGAGAAAGAAAAGAAGGAACUUUUAACAGAACACUUAUGCGCUUUGAUAACACACAACGAAACUAGAAAAGCUCAAAAAUUAGAAACAUUAAUGUUAGAACUAGCCAGUGAUAAGAGAAUAGAAAUGAGUAAUGAUGUAAAGUCAUUAAAAACUGAUGGUAACAAUGUGAAGGGAAUUAAAAAGGAUGGUGAUGAUUCAGAAGUGACAGAUGAUGAAAAUCCUAUCAUAAUUGAUGGAGUGGAUCAGAGAUCUGGUAAGAUGGUUGAAUUUAAUUUAUGAUUUUCUUAUUUAAAUUUAUAAACUUGUAAAAUAAACCAUUGAGGCAAUUCAAUGGAUUUUGUCAAUUAUUCAUGCGAGUGCAAUUAUUGGUGAUUUUAUUUUGUGUAAGAGUUACAGCUGACAUGAAAUCAGCAUUGUAGGCUGGAAAUUUAAAAUAGCAAAAUUACAUCGAAAUAUUCUUUAAAAUGAAAGCAAAGAUUGUUGGUAUGAAAUCUAAAACAUACUCAGGAGUCAUAAUAAAUACUUUAGUUCUAGUAUUACUAAUUCCAAAAAAGAUAUGGUGCGUUUAACUUUGAAAGUUUUAUGAGAUUUAUUGUAAUUUUAUGUGCCUUAAGAUUAUUUAUAUUUGUAAUUCUCAUAUAAAAUAAGUUAAUGAUAGUCGUGUAGAACAUGACAAUUCCUAGUUAAGUAUUAAAUAUAUUACUUAAAAUAAUAGUAUUAAUUUUAACGCCAGUUUUUUAACUUUAUGUAACAAACAUUAUUAAUAUUAACAUGUACAAAUACUACGUUAUAAAACUCUCAGUUAUAUGAACAUAAUAUUUAUUAUUUUUUAUCACUUUUAAUAAGUCUUAGAAUUAAAAAUAAAACUAUUGUCAAUUAAAGAACUCAAAUAGAAAUAAAACAAAUUGUUUAACUA